AUGACCAUGAAGAUGAAGACGGGAGCAUCCAACACACCCCGUCUCCCCCCGUUACGGUCAUCCCCCCCGCCUCUGCUCCCGACGACCGCAUCCACAGCAUCCCCGAAGACCACCGCAGCUCGCUCCCCCCGGGCCCCGCCCGCUCCCCUGCCCCCCCACAUCCCCGUCAUCAGCCUGGGCCACAGCAAGCCCCGCCUCCCGCUGGCCCACACCCCGCUGACCGCCCUCCACCCCAUCCCCCCCCGCCUGGCAGGCCCCCCCGGAGGCAUCCGACUCACCCAGCUCACCUCCCUAUCAACGGGGGGCCUGGGUGGGUGCCCAGGGGGACCCCAUGGCCCCUCCCUAGGGAACCUGUUCCCACUACAGUACUCUGAGCUCUACCCUUUCUUCACCCGUUCCUACCUAGGGCCUGGGGGUGCUUACGGUAUAUACCCCAGUAGCAGGAUGAAAAGACGGCCCUCCUCCCACUUUGAGAUGGAACUCAAUGACUGCCCUCCUCAGAAGCUGGCCCGCCGUGUGUUCACCAACAGUCGGGAGCGCUGGCGCCAGCAGAACGUGAACGGCGCCUUCUCGGAGCUCCGGAAGCUCAUCCCAACCCACCCCACCGACAAGAAGCUCAGCAAGAACGAGAUCCUGCGGCUGGCCAUGAAGUACAUCAACUUCCUGGUCGGCCUCCUCGAGGACCAGGCCCUUGACAAGACCGGCCAUUCGCCUGAGGACCAGGCCCAAAAGGAGGAGGCUGAGGAGGGGGAAGAGGAGGAGGGAGAGGGCGGGGCUGUGGAGGAUCGGGACUCCAGUGAACGGUUUGAGAGUAGCGUUCCAUUGCCCCCCAGCCGUCUUCCGGCGGUAGAUCCGGCCCGGCCCGACUCCUGCGCGGCCCCCCGACACAUAGACUCCAGCCAUUCGCUGUUCAUGCUGGGCCACUCGCCGACAACCUCCAUUUGCUAUGGCGACACAGACAGUGAGGAAAGCUUUGGGACAAAGGCCUCGUCGGUGACCCGUGGCAUUCUGGGAAAGGUCAAGGGUCAGAUACGGACAAAGGCUGCAAAUGAUGUGCACUGACAUCAAUUGACAGCAUGGGACACAGGGACAGUGUUAGAGGUCAAAGGAGAAACAGGUAAUAAUAAUGGACACACACACACAAUGUUUUAUUAUUGACCAAAUACAUUUUGCCUGAGAAAUGUGAUUGAUGGGUGAUGAAAUGUUGUUUGUGUUCUGAAUUUUAUUGAAAUAUGUAUGCUUACAUUUGAGGUGUGCAUUCGAAAAUGUUACAUGAGACUUUACACAUGAUAAAAACAUGUUUAAUACAAUCACACAAGAACAAGCAAUGCUGUAAGAAUGUGAGAUCAAACACAAGCAUGCCCUUCUUUCGCAUUCUCUCUCUCUCUCUCUCUCUCUCUCUCUCUCUCUCUCUCUCUCUCUCUCUCUCUCUCUCUCUCUCUCUCUCUCUCUCUCUAACAGACAACGUUUUGUGUGAUUGCAUCACCCAGCAUCUGUGGUCAGAGCAUUGUCAAAGCCCCUCCUCUCACAACCGCAAGGCAAACUCUGAAGUAUCUUUUGGAUUUCACACUGGAAUGUUUCUUAUCAAACGGAGGCCGGCUUCACCAACAUUGUCCAGCUCACUUAUGCUCACCAAACAGGAGAAUUUGUUUGAUUGAUUUCAGUAAAUGUUCUCCUGAAGUGUAUCAUUUCUCUGGAGAGACGUGCUUCGUAAAUUUCGAUGAGAUGACUCAAAGGAAAAGGCAGAGAUGAUUAUUUGGUUACACAACACAUAAUAAAUGCAAAAGCAAUACAAAAAGAAAAUGUUUUUUAUCAUCUUAAAGGUACUUUUCCAGGCAAUGAAAUGAAACAUUGGACCACAGAUGUACUUAAUGACCGCGGUUUUGGAUGCUAUUGUUUCUGUUCCACUUGUGAAAUUUAUGAUCCCCCAGUUGCUGAUGGUAAACAUUGUGACACACUUGUACCAGACAGAAAUAUAACAUGUUUAAACGUUGCUGUUCCUUAUUUAACAUCCUCUUAUUGCACUUCAUCGCCAUCAUUUCUCAACUCCUCUGCAUUCGCAGUCAGAUUAGGGAAGCUUCUGGUAGCAUUUCAGUCACAGACGAAACUGGAGCUGGUUGCGAAAUGUUCUCCGUAGAUGUAUUUUUCUUUCCUUAAAUAAUAUUUUUUGUUGCUGAGAUCAGAGAAUGGCUAUUUAAGAGUUUGUGAACACGUGCCAUGAUAAUGGUCACACUCCUCCUUUAAGCCAGUAUUAAAUAUGUCAUCAGGGCCGGUGAUACCAGAGCAUAAACCAUUCUGCCGCCCUCCAAGGGGAGGGCUCUGUACUUCACUGAGCUAACAGAAAAUCACAAGUGAUACUUUUACAAAAAGUGACGUAACAUUAACGGACCGGACAUGGUGGCCCUGUGACUUUCCUUAUGAAAUGUUAGUUUACUCACCAUUCCACUAGGAUUCCCCUUUUCCUCCAAGUGUAGUUACAUAAGGGGGAGGAGGGAAAUGUGGUUGACAGAUCAAGGCAUUGGAAAGUCAUAGGACCUCAGCUCUGUCAGAGAGUUGGGUGUGGUCAGGGGUUUGGUGUUGGAGCAACUUUACUUAUUUUUUUAGGCCACAGCUAAUAAUAAAAAUGA